AUGCCAUUAACCAAAGAUAUGCUAUCAGUAACCUCGGUUUCCACGGCUUCGCUCGUCGUCGUCAUCAGCGGUUGCUUUCGUGUUUAUAACAAAUGGUCCGUGAGUAUCGGAGGCAGCAGCCGUGGAGUUGAAUAUUGCGUAGUGUGCAUUAGUGAGGUGUCCAAGGGGGAGAAACUCCGGUGGCUAAGGUGCGGCCAUGGUUUUCAUGACGGCUGCAUCGAUGCAUGGCUUAAAGUUGGCACCACUUGCCCUAUUUGCAGGCUUAACGUGGUCCCUGACCGAAGCUUUCUCGUUUCUUCCAUGGUUUCUUUGGGUAAAAGAGUCGUGAAAUGGAUCGAAAACCCUCUUUUGUCGGAGAUUACAUUGGCAUUUUGUGAGAGUGUUGGGUAUGUUUAG